AUGGCGCGUCAAACGCCAUCUCGUUCUACAAGGGGUAGAGCUUCGCCGCGUCAUCAACCUAAGCGCGGAAGACAGGCGGAUGUCGAUGUCCCAGAUGUCUACCAGGAACUGCUGGAAGAAGCCGAGGCCCGAGAUCCCGAGCACUUCGCCUUGGACAGACCUGUCAAGAGGCGCAAGAUUGGUGAUCUGAAAGCUAUCCCUGUUGAUUCGCAACACUCGGGCCAACCAUCUCGACACACAGAAGCAAGCGAAGAUGAACACCCACAAAUUCAGACUGUGUAUGAUUCAUCUGAAUCAGAGGAGUCUGAUGUCGAAUGGGAGGAUGUUGGUAUCUCACAACCUCAAGCUUUUCUUCCAGGACCUUCUGUGCCUGAAGAUGAUGAUGGGAUGCUUCAGAUUACACUGGAACAGGAACCCGAGAAGCGGCAAAAGGCCAUCCAAAGGAGGAAACCCCUGACCGGCGCCGAAAGGAGGGUUCGAUUGGAUGUGCAUAAAUCCCAUCUCCUUUGUCUCCUUGGUCAUGUCCAUUUGCGCAACCUGUGGUGUAAUGAUGAUGAACUUCAGGAAUUUGUGAAAAAGAUGUUACCAAAAAAGGUGAUCACUCUUCUACAUCCAGAUGGACAUAAGCCGCACUAUAUCAGAUCUACCACUUUUAUGGAUGGUUUGAACCAGGCCGGUGACGCUUUUGCGCGCAGGUUCCGGGUCACCAAGCCGGGAAUGAAACGAGCUCAUUGGGCUGAAGAUGAAACCCGCUUGAAGGAGAAAUUGGCAUCAGUAAUAUCGGGUGCCGAGGUUUUUCUGUCCAGAGCGGACUUCCGAGCACAGGCGAAGACAAUGCAAGGCUCUCGAGACUUCGGGGCGCAGCUUUUCUGUGCUUUGCUGCGUGCUGUAGCCAUAGAAGCGAGACUUGUCUGCUCACUGCAACCCCUGCCGUUCUCUGGCACCGUGAAGGAUAUGACGCCAUCCAAACCAAAGCCUCAACCCAUAAUCAUAUCUUCAGACGAACCUGGAUCUUCGACAGAUGAACAACCGGGGCCUAAGAAGUCACCUACUGCUCCGAGGACUCGACGAAUUGGGCAACCAAAGUUCGCACCUUCGCGUCCCCCAAAGCCACAAUCUCACUCGGCCCCAUAUCAAACGUCCAAUGACUCGCCAUUUCCUGUGUUUUGGGUCGAAGCUUUCAACGAAGCUGCCAAAAAAUGGAUCCCAAUUGAUCCAGUUGUAACCAAGUCCCUCGCCAAGCCUACCAAAUUCGAACCUCCUGCGAGUGACCCAGUCAACAUGAUGAACUAUGUGGUUGGAUUCGAAGAUGAUGCCUCUGCGCGAGAUAUCACUCGUCGCUAUGUGAAAGCGUUCAACGCAAAAACCCGAAAGCUGCGGGUUGAAAGCACAAGACACGGGCAAGAGUGGUGGGACAACGCAUUGAAGGCCUAUGAGAAGCCUUUCUUUGAGGAUCGUGAUGAGGCAGAGAUCAGCGAGCUUACCUCCAAAGCAGCAGCAGAGCCAAUGCCACGCAGUAUACAAGACUUCAAAGACCAUCCUGUCUAUGCACUUGAGCGACAAGUUCGUCGCAAUGAAGUGAUUCAUCCCAAGAGGGUGAUCGGACAUGUUGGACUGGGAAAAUCCACUACAAGGAGUGAAAAAUCAGAGCCAGUCUACCGCCGAGCCGAUGUCCAUGUUGUGCGAAGUUCUGAUAAGUGGUAUCGUCUGGGUCGAGAUGUGAAAGUUGGUGAGCAGCCUCUCAAGCGUGUCCCCGCCAUCCGAGGCCAAGGCCGGGGAAUGAGUGACGAUGAAGAUGAUGAGCCUGCAGAGACUACAUUAUAUGCAGAGUCUCAGACGCAAGUAUACGUGCCCCCACCUGUCGUGAAUGGGAGGAUUCCAAAGAAUGCCUUUGGAAAUCUCGAUAUCUAUGUCCCCAGCAUGGUUCCGCCCGGUGGAGUUCAUGUCAAGCGACCCGAGGCCGUGAAAGCUGCCCGGAUUCUUGGCAUCGACUAUGCUGAUGCCGUCACUGGAUUCGACUUCAAAGGUCGUCGAGGCACAGCUGUCGUCAGAGGUAUCGUUGUUGCGCUCGAAUACCAGGAAGCGGUGGAAAACGUCAUCGAAGGACUCGAAGAUGAGAGACGGCUUGCUGCAAUUGAGGCUAGAUCCCAGGAGGCCCUUCAGCUUUGGCGACUCUUCCUGGUUAAGCUCAGGAUUGCAGAAAGAGUGAAAGAAUAUGCCGAUGACGACGAGGAAAAAGGAGUGGAGGAGAUUGAGGAGAUGGAUGUCGAGGAUUCCGGAGGUGGUUUCUUUCCCGAAGCAGACGUGUCAACAUACAGUCCGCCCCCGAGGAUUUCGAACAAGGGGCAAUUGGCACAAGGUCGAGAAUCUCCAAGACUUGACUCGGAAACUGGCCCGUUAUCCGACGAUAAUGAAGAUGAUUUUGGAGGGGGAUUUUUCCCUGAGGAUGAUUUGGAAGACCAACAAAUCGAGGCCGCCACAGGACCUCCAAAAACCGUGCACUCGGGUAUGGACCCGUCCCCGAGUAAUGAAAGCCCCUCCAAGGCGAAAAAGCCUCACAAACAGCAGUACUCACUCGUCGUUGUUCCGAGCAACCCUUCAAGCUCGGGGCCUCAAGGCCGCAAACUCAUGCCGCAGAAUCCACCCCAGGCAGAGAUGCCAGGAUCAUCUGAGAAUGCUCCCAUCUCGGUACCCUCAUCCACGAAUGGUGGUUCCAAGUCUGCUAGUGUGGUCACUAUUUCUCGACCCCCGACCCCAAUACAAGAUCGAAAGCAGCCCUCGGUGCCAAACCAUGACUCUGACAGUGAGAUUGAUAAGGGCUCGCUACUCUCCGAAGACCCAGAUGAUGAGGAUGCAAUUCCGGAAUGGCUCAUGUCCGAUGAAGAUUAG